UUAAAUAGGGGCAAGUUUCCGGAUGUUAGACACGUGAAAAAAUCCGGGAAACUCCACGUGGUCAGCCAAUUAGUUAAGUGGGAACACGCCACAAACUACCAGUGUUCAGUGUCUUUAUCCACUCGGCCACUGAUGGGACAACUCUAAUCGACAGAUAGAGGGACCAUUUCCAAGGAAGUCGAGAAUGGCUGACGCUAAUGCGGGUAAACCCGACGAACCAACUAACAAAGCCCUGUUAGAAGUCGAGGAACCGGUAGUAAAACCAAAAACAUGUAAGCCGAUGGAUGUAAAUCUGUAUGCCACCAAGAAAAGUGUAGCGCAAGGGAUGUUAGAUAUUGCAUUAUUAACGUCGAAUGCAUCUCAGUUGAAAUAUUUAAUGCAAGAACCAAAGAAUGCUUCGUACUACAUCGCAAUCGUAUGUCUUUCCAUAUCCAUAACUUUACAGAUUGUAGUAGGGAUACUACUAUUGUUUAAUGCCAAAUAUAACAUCAAUAAGACUCAUCAACAAUCUAGAGCGGAAUUAAUGAAUAAUUUAACAACGAUCGGAGUUUUUCUGAUUACAGUCGUCAACAUCCUAGCCUCGUCCUUCUCGGGUUCAAACGAACCAUAAACUCUUUUUUCUAUUGUACAGGAUGUACAGUAUUUAUCCAUCCAUUUUGUUAAGAUAUAAAUUCGUGCAAAUGUCA